UUAAAUUAAAUUUAAUCGAUUAAUUGAUGAUUAAAUUGAUGAUUGCCAACAAACAAGAAAGAAAGAAGAAAGAAAUCUCACUUCUUCGAUAAUGAAUGUGAUAUUUGCAUCGAUUAUCAUCAUAUUGAUUAUGUUUAUUAUAAUUCGAAUAUUUUUCCUUUGUUGGAAUUAUCUAAAUCGUCGCCGAUUUGAUUGGAAUACCCAGAAUGGUAAAUGUUGGGCUGUAGUGACCGGCGCUACCGAUGGCAUGGGCUAUGAAUUUGCACGACAAUUAGCCUUGAAAGGUUAUAAUAUUAUGAUGAUUAGUCGUAAUGAAGAGAAAUUGGCCGCAAAAAGUGAGAAAAUAUUGGAUGAAUGUCGCCAAUCAUCAUCGAUUCAGAUACAAACAUUGGCCGUUGAUUUUAAACAAUUUGAUUAUUAUUAUGAUAAAAUUCGUCAAUUUCUUGCCUCGUACAUCGAUGAUAUAACCAUUUUAGUAAAUAAUGUUGGUAUUGGACCACCACGUGAACAAAUUCAACAUGUUCAUUUGGAAUCGUUGAAAUUUCAUAUGGAUAUGAUUAAUGUAAAUACCGUUAGUGCCAUACAAAUGACUGAUUUAAUUCUACCAUCAAUGGUAACAAAACGAAAUGGUCUCAUAAUUAAUGUAUCAUCAUUUACAGCAAUUCAUGCUAUACCAUUACUAGCUGUUUAUAGUGCAACCAAAGCAUUCUUGUUACAUUAUUCUCGUAUAUUAUGGGCUGAAUGUGAACGAUAUAAUGUUCUUGUCUAUACAUUAACACCGGCAUCUGUUUGUACGAAUUUAUUCAUACAAGAAUCGCCUUCAUUAAUGGCACCAAGUGCAAGAGAUUAUGUACGCAAUGCAUUGGCCAGUGUGAAUUGGACAACACCAGAAAGUCAUGGUUAUCUACCACAUUCAAUUGUGUCGACCAUUUUACUCACUCUUGAAUGGUUAUUUGGUUGGCAAUUGAAAACGAAAAUGAUUGAAAAAUAUGUUCGCAAUAUGAAAGACAAAAUUGAUUGAAAUUGGA